AUCUAUUUGACGUUUAUGGGUUAGUUUUCUCCUUCAUAUAUAAAACCCAUCGUAACGGAUCCUUUCUGUGUGCUCCUGAAAAGCGCCAGAAAUCGCGGCGGCUCCCAGUUUUCAACUUGUUUUCUUCUCUUCUUUCAGUCAACUAUUUCUCCCAUUGUCAAGCUUCGAUUCUUAUAAUUUCAUUCACCAUCUCUAAAUCUCACUGAUGGAAUCCAUCGGAAUCAGCAUCUACGCCGUCCUUUCCUGGAUUCCGUCGCGAAUGUAAGUGAUUUUCUUAUCUAGGUUCCGAAUUGGCCUUGCUGCUUCUGAAAUUGUGUGUGUGUGUGUGUGUGUUUGUGGAUUCUCUGUUUUAAUGGAGGAGAGGAAUGUUCUGUUUGGUAAAUAUGAGAUUGGAAGGUUGCUUGGGAAGGGGACUUUUGCUAAGGUCUAUUAUGGAAAAGAAUUGGAGUCUGGUGAAAGCGUAGCGAUUAAGGUUUUAAAUAAGGAUCAGGUCAAGAAGGAAGGGAUGAUGGAGCAGAUCAAGCGCGAGAUCUCCGUUAUGCGUCUUGUUCGUCAUCCGAACGUCGUUGAAUUGAAGGAAGUAAUGGCGACGAAAACGAAGAUCUUCUUCGUUAUGGAUUAUGUUCGCGGAGGUGAACUUUUUGCCAAAGUCGCAAGAGGAAAACUCAAAGAAGAUGUGGCUCGGAAGUAUUUCCAGCAGUUAAUCAGCGCAGUCGAUUACUGUCACAGCCGUGGAGUUUCUCACCGCGAUUUGAAGCCGGAGAAUCUUUUGUUGGAUGAGAACGAAGAUCUCAAGAUCUCUGACUUUGGACUCUCCGCUUUACCGGAACAACUACGGAACGACGGUCUUCUCCAUACGCAGUGCGGUACUCCGGCCUACGUCGCACCGGAAGUACUAAGAAGAAAGGGCUACGAUGGAGCAAAAGCCGAUAUCUGGUCUUGUGGUGUCAUUUUGUAUGUUUUGUUGGCAGGAUUCCUUCCAUUUCAAGAUGAGAACAUCAUGACUAUGUAUAAGAAGGUUUUCAAGGCCGAAUUCGAAUGUCCGCCAUGGUUCUCCGCCGAAUCGAAGCGAUUGAUUUCAAAAAUUCUCGUCGUAGAUCCAGGAAGACGAAUCACAAUCGGAGCAAUCACGCGAGUUCCUUGGUUCCGAAGAGAUUUCUCGAGAUCGCUUUCGUUCACGAUGAAGGAAAUAAUCGCAGCGAAAACAGAGGAUUCCGAUUCCGAGAGUCCAAAACUAUCGACGCCAAAAUUCUUCAAUGCGUUCGAAUUAAUAUCGUCGAUGUCGUCCGGAUUCGAUCUGUCGAGUUUAUUCGAGAACAAAAGGAAGACAGGAUCGAUGUUCACAUCGAGAUGCUCGGUAUCGACGAUCAUGGAAAAGAUCGAGACGGUGGCGAAGAGACUGAGCUUCAAGGUAUCGGAAGUGAAAGAUUUCAAACUCCGGCUCCAAGGUCCGACGGAAGGACGAAAAGGAAAACUGUCUGUAACGGCGGAGGUUUUCGAAAUAGUGCCGGAAGUUUCCAUAGUAGAAUUUUCCAAGUCGUCCGGCGAUACUCUGGAAUAUUCGAAGUUCUGUGAAGAAGACGUUCGACCGGCGCUGAAAGACAUUGUUUGGACGUGGCAAGGUGAUUGUGUCCCUAACGCUGACGGACGUCACGGCCAAUUUGACGGCGACGGAUUUUUGUGAUGAAAAAAAAAGGGAAGAAACGGUGACGCCAGCUUGUGAAAUUUGGAUUCUGUUUCAAGUUUUAAUUUAACUGCCUUUUGUUUUAAAACAUAAGUUGCCUUUUAGAGGGAAAAUAGUGCAUUUUUGCUGCGAGUUUUUGUUU